AUGGAGACAUGCGAUAUCACCCCGUUCUCAACCCAUCAAACCACAUAUAAUCAGAGUACCAGAAGAGGUAAAUCGCUGAUCAAUAAAAUCACAUCUGAGCUCAUCUCAGAAUCCAGCCUAGAUCUUUCGGCCCUUGGACCAUCAGACGACGCGACGGUUACCAACACGCUAGCUAGGUCGAGCGACACAUACCAUAGAAAGAUCAAUGGAUCAAAUCAAGUUGGCUCCGAGAAACAAGCCAAAGGGAGAAAGAGGAACAACGAACCUCUGUUCGGGGUGUCAAGUUAUCAUAAUCAAGUUUCUAGAAACACGUUGACAACGCAACAGAGAGUCGAACAAAUGACAAGGUACGACCAGUCUGCCGUUGGGCAAGGGUCAACGUCAGUCGCAGUGCCACAAUCACAACUACAAGCACAACCACAAAGUCAAGUGUACAAUCCCUUUGGACAUGCAGGAUCACUCGAUACUCCUCAAUCUCAGGGUGUAAUCCCUUUGAGCGAAUAUGACUCCAAUUUCAGCACGAUGAGUUAUAUGAAUAUCAGACCGAUGCGAGAUUACACCGAAACUUACAAGUCAUGUGACACCGCAACUCAAGCAUGGCUCGAACACCUCUCCCUGAAAAUGUCAAAAUUCCACUAUCCCACUCUGGUAGCUUUCGAGAAUGACGAGAAAGUAUUCAGACAAGGUCUACAUUCUAUUUUCAGCGAGAGAAGUACGAUAAUCCAGGAUCUCUAUGGUGAUACCGGUGUCGAUGCAUACUCGAAUGGGAAGGUAUUGAUGAGUCAGAUUUUAUCGAGAGCGAAAGAAUUUAGGGCUUAUGAGGAUCAACAGAAAAGCUGUUAUCAACAGCAACAACAAGGGUAUGGUGGCUUCGUUUACACAGGUGAAGAGCGAUCGAAUGACGAUACGACUACUACGAUUCACGCUGGUGAAGUGUAUGAUCCUGUUAGAGAUUGA